CAGCCGCCACAGCUGAAGCUGCAGACUGAAACCUCAGGCCACUCAGCGCCCGCUGACUCAUGAAUCUACUGCAGACCAUCCCUGGGGACUGGUUAUUUUGUUUCUUUACCCUGUUCAGGAGGAACCCUGAGGGCGCAGCUGCAGCAGCUCUGGUCGCACCCUAGGCCGCCUGGGCUCAGAAAUGACCAUGGCAAAGAGAGGAACCACCAAGUGCAAUCUUUCUCUGAGUCUGGGCCUUUUGCUGCUGCUGAAUUUUCUGGGGACCGCGAUGCUAGAAGAUGUACACUCUCUUAGUUGCAACUUGAUCAUCAGGUCUCCUACCAAAGCAGAACCUCUCUGGUAUGAAGGACAGUGUUCAAUGGAUGGAAUUGAUUUCCUUUCUUUUAAUAAUGUGAACAAGACCAUGCCUUUGGGUAACCAGGAGAAGAUGGCAAAUGCCACCGAAGUGUGGACAUGUGUGACCCAGUGGAUAGACCUGUUGGGCCAGGACUUAAGGGACAAGGUGUCUGAAAUCAAAGGGGACACUACCAAGACCAGUGGUCACCCCACUUUAUGGGUCACCAUGCUUUCUAACCACAGCCAUAGACAUAUCAUUGGUGCUUCCUGUGUAUUCAACAUCAGUGAGAAUUAUUCCUUCAUCUUGGACCUAAAGACUAUGAAGUGGAAACUGAUUAAUCCUGUACCAGAGGACAUAAUGAAAGAAUGGAAAGAUGAUGCGACAUUAAUGAAACAUCUGAAUUUGUCCAUAGCAGAAUGCAGUCAGAAAUUCAAUGAAUUCUUAAAUCAGCACGAGGAAAGAACAAGAUCAAGAACAAGGGCCCCAGAUAUCGCCCAGCCUCCACCUACCAGGCAGUUUCCUUAUAAGGAAGUAUUGAUCCCUGUGGUUCUCAUCAUCUUUAUUAUUUUCAUUUGCAUAUGUGUGAAGAGGAUGUGUUGUACCCAAGGAGGUAGAGAACUUCAGCUGCUCAAGGACUACUACAUCAACCUCCACAAACCACAGAGGAAUGAGGGGCUAGAGGAGACAAAAGGAGAGGUUCCCAACCAGAGCACCAAAAUGUUGUCCCAGGAGGAAGAUCCCAAGACAUUGGGAGGCCCAAGGAGGGCAUCAGAAUCUGUGGAACUGGAGUUACAGAUGUUUUCAAGUACUGGGAGCUGAACCGAGGACAUCUCCAAGAACAGCAAGGGAUCUUAACUACUGAGCCUUCACGCCAAACGAUAAAUGAAUUUUUCCUUUAAAAAUGAUUUUUAUUUUGUUUAUGUAUAUGAGUACACUGUCUCUGUCUUCACACACACCAGAGGUGGGCAUCAGAUCCCAUCACAGAUCGCUCUGAACCACUAUGUGUUGCUGAGAGUUGAACUCAGGACCUCUGGAGAGUGAGCAGUUCUCUUAACUGCCCAGCCAUCUCUUCAGAUUAAUAAAUUUCUUAAAAAGAAAA